AUUUAUUCGCCCCCACGCCCCCUUCCUCCUCCGCCCCGCUCUUUCCCGCGCCGCGGGCGGGCCAUGGCUGGCGGCGGGGCGGCCGGCCCGGUGUUCGAGCACUGAGGGCGGACGGAGCCCCCCCCCUCGUCGUCGGGGCGCGGCCGCACCAUGUCGGCCGUCGCGUACGUGGACUUCGUAGCGGCGCAGUGCCUGGUCUCCAUCUCCAACCGCUCCGCCGUGCCCGAGGCGGCGCGGCUGAAGGUGCCGGGCGAGGGGGAGGCGGCCCGGGAGCUGCGCGACCCCCGCGACGCCUGGAAGGACUACUGCGCCCUGCUGGCCAUCGCCAAGAGCCUGCUGGAGCUGAACAAGUACCGGCCGCUGCCCGCCCGCUCCGUCUGCAGUGACAGCGUGGAGAGCCCCGACGAGGACGCGGGCUCCGACAGCGACGCGGCCACCGAGCAGGGCUCCAGCCCGCCCCGCAGCCCCCCGCCGGGGCCGCCCCCCCGCCUGCGCGCCGCCGGGGCCGCCCCUAAGGGGAAGCUGGCGGCCGAGAAGCGGCACAAGUGCCCCUACAGCGGCUGCGGCAAGGUCUACGGCAAGUCUUCCCACCUCAAGGCGCACUACCGGGUGCACACAGGUGAGCGACCAUUCCCCUGCACGUGGCCUGACUGCCUUAAAAAGUUCUCCCGCUCUGACGAGCUCACGCGGCACUACCGAACCCACACUGGUGAGAAACAGUUCCGGUGCCCACUCUGCGAGAAGCGGUUCAUGCGGAGCGACCACCUGACCAAGCACGCCCGCCGCCACACGGAAUUCCACCCCAGCAUGAUCAAGCGAUCUAAAAAGUCCAGCUCCAGCAGCUCCUUGUGAAGGCAGGGCUGGCCCUGGGGGAGAAGCGGGGAAGAGGCAGGCUGUGGCAAGGAUGUAGGCUAUGGUGCCAGAGCACGAGCAUCCGCUGUGGUGCCAGUCACCCUCGCUGUCCAAAAGCACAUGUAGCUGGCAUUAAAAAAACAAAAGUACUCAGUAUCCCCCUCCCCAUCUUCCACCUCGUGGCUCUGCCCUGAACACAGUCUGGAACAAGUGGAGUGUGGGGUGAGAGGAGGGAAGGGGCAGCCAGCAAGGAGGCGACCACCUCUUCCAAUGUAAUGCGUUGAUACUGGUGUACAUACGUAUGACUGGGCGGUCUGGCCUGUGCCACCACAGUAGCAUGACCCCAAAGUCUUUGUGAUUGCUGUGUCAUGAACAUGUUUUGUUGAACAGUGUAAUGCUGCUUGUAUUUAGAGUCUGUUGAGUAAAAACACUUUCCGAGUCACAUAAGUAACUCAGAUAAAAACUCCAUAGCACAUUGUAGAAGUGGGUUUACGUCUGUGUAUCUUAUGCGAUCCUGCACUUAAAGAGACUAUUAAGAGAAACAUUACAUAUGUUAGCAAUAGUAUCUGAUUGAUAUACUGAGAUAAGGUGAAUUUAUACUCAUUAAGGCCCAUUAAAGUAAAUAGGUAUUUUUAAUUUUUCUUUGUAUUAACUAUACUUUUGAAUAGCAGCUGGACUUUUCCAGUAAAAACAUGUAUGAUUCAAGAAGAUACUUAAAGCAAAAAAGUCCCCAUAAAGAGCUCAGUAAUUUUCUGACUGUGUGUGUAUUUAGCUCUGUUAUUCACUUACCUGGAAAAAUACAACUCAGCCUAGAUAAUGUGGCGGGCGUGUGGGAGCUGAAGCAUAUGUCUCUUAUAUGAUCCUAAACUUUACUUGUCAGUAAUACAGUACUGUACUAAAGAAAUGCCACUAACAGUGCUUUAUUCUGCUGUGGUUUGUUUCAGUGGGUGCACAAAGCAGCUACCAUCUUUACAAACUGCUGCUUUUUAAAAGGCUUCUUCUCUUCCUACACUUGCCUUAAAGAUUUAUUCUCUUCAUACCAUGGCCUCACUCCCUUGGAGUCCCAGGGAGUUGUGUGUGUUUAUGGAGAGAGUAGACCUUUUCUUAAGAGCACUCUGCUAAUGGAAACACCUAAAAUUACUGUAAGGAGCACUUUGGAAGGGCUCCUGUAUCUCUUGACUGCUCUUUCUCUGGAGUAUGGGGGAAUACCACAAGCUAAUUUGAAAUACAGAAGGUAUCUUGCAAUACUCCUUUAUGACAUAAGCUUCUCUUAGUACUUUGAACCUGUGUCAUGCAUGGCACAUCAAAUGCUGAUAAAAGCAAUGUUAACUUUUACUUUAAAGCUAUUUUUUGAUUUUUAAAAGGAGCAGAAAGACCACUGAAUGAAAACUUUCAGAUGUACUUAUUAGUGAAUAUUUCAAUUUUUUUAAUGUUAAAAACAUGAGAUUUAAGAGGUUAUCAGUCAUAUUUUUUUCCCUCCCCAGCUGCAUAAAGGGGGAGAAUUCUGUUUACAUAUUAUUUUUUUCCCAGAAAUUUUCUUGUUUGGUUUUUACCCCUUCUACCAGAAGAGGGGAGGUGCAGCCCUACUACAGAGGCAUAGGGCCAAAUUAAUUUUGUGAGUAUUUACACUGAAACCCAAAGUGUUUCCACUGCAGAUGAAUUUAGGUCAUCUUGUAAAAUUCUGUACAUAAAAGAUCUUGUUAGCACACCUGCAAUUACAGUAUCUUAUUGUUUUAUCUGAUAAAAAGCUUGCUUCCUAGAAACAAACAUAAAAAAUUAACUCGGAGAGUAGAGUGUUUUCCUCUACAGUUGUAUAUGGCUUUCAGCAUUAGAAAUCAGUUUGCAUACUGUGUUUUUACCUGUGUAGUUCAUGAUAGAUUUUGUCUAUGUAAAGAGAACUUCUUUUAAAGCAUUGGGGAUAUUGAACAGUCUGUGGAAUAAAAAGGGAUGUGUUUUCUUCAGUGAAAACAUCAGGAAACCAAGCACACUUUCUACCUCCGUUUCAGCUUUUUGAAACAUUUAUGUUAAAAACCAAACUUUGAUUUCUUGUAUUCAGAUUGAGUCAUAGAUUCUUUGUAAUAAAAACUGGUAGCGUUGGUGUUUCUACUGAUCUAGAAAUACAGAAAGUGUUCUGCUUACCAAUACUGUUAAUGCUGCCUUGUGGAGUAGGGUCAGACCCAUGA